CAGCGCGCCGAUGUUUUGGUGUCUGCUGAGCAGAGCCCGGGAGGGUUCUGUGCUUGUGCUGCAGCGAGGGGCUGGGGUGGGGGGCACCCGGAGCUGGGGGACGCAGCCAGGAGGGCUGGCAACCCGGCCGAAGGGGUGGCCCCGUCGGAAGGACACGGUCUGGGAGGUAGAAGGGGGGGAAUUCGUCACAGCAGCGGCCUUUUUGUGGUUACGCAACGUGGAGCGGAGCCGGCUGUCGUACGCGGUGAAAUCCCCGGCACAGGGAUGAGCACUCACAGCGCAGCAGAUGGGAGCGAUGCCGACACCCCCGCGCCGAGGAAAUCACGCGCAGGCGGUGCGAAGGGGGGGAAGGAUUUUCCCGGCGCGGGAGCCGAGCGCUGCUCUCUGCAGCCUGCGGCACGGCACUGGGGGGACCUCUCCUUUUGCUUUUGUUGCCGCAGAGAAUGGGGAUUCGGUGGGGAUUCGGUGGGCGGCUGAAGCAGCCGUGCUCCAUCCCAAACUUCUGCUGGGAAACUCCUGGCCCUGGUGGCGGCGCAUGGGCUGCAUCGCUGGGGCCGUGCGGUGCCAGGCCGUGCCAUGCCGUGCCAUGCAGCGCCGUGGCGCCGUGCCAUGCCGUGCUGCACGGUGCCCAGCAGCACCGCCACCAGCUGGAGCAGCGGGCAGGAGCCCAGCUCUCACUCGGCCGUGCUGUGGGCUCACGGCCAGGGGGAGGUGAUGCCGGUGGGGCAGGAGCCACGGUGCAGCCUGGUGCUGAGAUGACCCCGGAGGAGCAAUGCGUCCCCGUUGUGCCGGCAGCACCCAGCCCGUGCCGGCUGCAUGGCGGCACAAACACGGUGGUCGGAGGCCGACCUGCACCGUGCCCACGUGCCAGGCAGGGGCGCGGUGCAUUGUCUGGAGAGCGCCAGCACUGAAGCAGAGACGCUGUGAUCCCACUGAUUUUCCCUUUAUUUCGCUCACAAUGAGCAUCCCGAGCUCCGUCCCAUGGCUACGAGUUGCCCUGGCAUCCCUCGGGUGAUGUCCUGCGGUGCCACUGCCGGCUCAGCCCCGGCGUCACCAAUGUCCCCGUGCCCCCGCCCCCCCAAGCCAGGGCCCAGCCGCACCACGGGGAGCAGCAAACCCUUCAAUGGUGUCAGGGGUGGCUUUGGGCCCCCCCUCGCCUCGGGCCCAUCUGCUGCCCUACUUGCGUGCCGCCGGCCCCCGCGCUUCGCUUUCCAGGGAAAGUGAUUUUCUUGACGGCCGGCAGCUGUGCCGCGGCUCCUCCUGCAAAGCCGCUCCGUGCCGGCACCAUCAGUGCUGCCCGCGGGUUCUGGCACGUGGCCUUCCCGGGGGGAGAUGUGGGGCUCUGCAUCCCUCUGGGUUGCUGGCGAGCAGGGCAGGGCGCAGGGCACGCUGCAUCCCGGCGGUGCUGGGCCGGCGCUGCGCAGCUUUGGGCUCUGUGGGUCUCCCGAGGUCUCCCCUGCCCGAGCGCUGCCACUGCUCUCGGUGCCAGCGCCGUGUGCUGCUGAUUACGCAGAUAUUCCACGCUCCGUUGCUGCACCAUGUCCGAGCAUGACUCCAGCAGAGGACGAGGUCCUUUUCUGGGCCUUUUUUGGGGCUUUUUUUGGGAUGCCCUACUUGCGCUGCGCCGCCGGCCCCAUUGUGCGCAGCCCGCUGGGGAGCAUGGGGGCUCUCGCUCCAGCCUCAGCACUGCUCUGGGCUUUGUGACACCGCCACAAAGCAUGAAAAACGCACACACAAAAAAAGUGCUUUCUUCUUUCUUCCCUGCUCCAGAUGAACGCAGGAGGCCGCUCCCCAAUUACAUCAGUGCGGUGGGACCGAGGCUGGCAGGGCUGAGGGAAUCCAGCACAGCAUCCAUCACCCUCUCCUCGGUGCCUCUAUGGGGACUUGUUUCUGGGUCUGCGCGGCGGCAGCGCUGCGGGUGGGGGUGGCUGCCACGUGCCCCGCACUGCAGCUCUGCUCCUCCUGCGGCCGCAGCCCUUUGGGGGGGGGGGGACACCCACUGUGCAGUCCCAGCACCAAGGUCUCUUUGUGGAAUUCAGCCAAGCCCUCCCCUCUCGCAGAAGUGCUUUGUGCCGCACCGGGCCCCGCUCGCACUGUUCUGCCGGCACUGGGGUUCUGGUGCAGCCACGGUGAGGUCCCUUCCCAUCACUCAGCCCCAUUCCUGACCCCCCCCCCCCGGCCGCGGACACCCCCUCCAUUGCAGCGGGAUCCUCGUGCUGAGCUCACGCGGUGUCACCAAGGAGAAGGAGGGGGACAAUGUCACGGCCACUGGAGCGGCACCGCUGAAUGCAGAACUGCUCCGCUGUGUCGAGAAUGGGCACCGGGGACUUUCAACCACAGGUCGCGCUUCCCUGACUCCCACACUGCAGAGACCGCAAUUAACCUUUGUGUAAUUAGAUUUCCCCAAAGGACGGGGCUUCAUCGGGCAGUAGCACCGCCGGAACAAAGGGCACCUCGGGGGGAUGCGGGAGCACGGCACCGCGCUGCGGAUGGAAUCAAACAGCUGGUGGAGGAGACGAGAGAGCUCCCGGGCCGUUAUCUGCUUUGCUGUUAUCUCGAGGACUCCGGUUACGAAAUGAGGGGAAAAACCACAUCUGGUGCGAGAGCAUGGCCGGAGCAGCUGGGGGCUGCGGAGCAGGAGGGGGGGAACCGAACCACAGCGACCGCCUCAUGGAGCGCACAGCCCCAAGGGCGCGUGGGGCACAGCGCGAUGCUCGGCCCGGCACCUCCGAGCUGGAGGAGCAGCCGGAGCAAAGCGAUGGGGCUGAGAGGAGCUGUGUCUGACCCACAGAGCGCGGGGACAACCAGUGGCACCCAGUGGGAUGGGUGCACGGUGUCCUCCAGGGGGGUGGCACGCUCGGCACAGGGGGUUUCCUGCUCAUGUCUCUGGGCUGUUCUUUCCUCCACGGUCCUCAGCCCCCCGCCGUGCCCGGCCCCUUCCAGCCCUGUGCAGUUGGUGCUGAUGCCUCGGCUGAGCCGGUGUCCCCUCUCCCUGCAGGUUCUGCUGCCAGCAGGGAGCUCCCAGCCCAUCCGCUGGUGUCCAAUGUGGGACGCAGCGCGCGGCCACCACCGCUCGGAAAACAGCCACGGCCAAACCCUCUGCGUCACACGGUGACCUUCGGACCGGCCCUGGAGCAUCGCCCGGUGGGCACGGGGCAUUCAGGAAGCUCUGGUUGGAGUGGGAUGGCAGCAAACACGAAGCGGAGCGGUGGGAACGUGCUCGAGACCUUGCGGACGUGGCCGUGCCGCAGCGCGCUGAGCCGCCCCUGGGUCCCCCUGAGCCCGUCCCCACCCUGAGCUGCUCCACAUUGGCCCUCACUGCGGGGGGGGGAGCAGCACGGGGGGCCAUGGGACGGGGGUCUCACGAUGUCAGCUUUGAAAUAACUGCUUGUUACUGCAGGACCCGAGCCCAGGAGACCAGUGAGAGGCACGGGAGAUGGGAUGGGGACGCAACCCACGGCGGAUGUUCAGAGCGAGCGGAGCUGAGCGUGGCUGAGCAGAACUGCGGGCAGGAGCUGCUGGGUCCCCUCCACCUCCUUCUCCUCUUCCUCCUCCUCCUCCGGGGGUGCCGCGCUGUCCCCAUGGCCGUGGCUCUCUGGGGUUCCUGCAGAACUGGCCGUGCAGUCCCAGCUCCCAGAGACCCCGCCGUGUGCCACCAACCACGAGGACAAGGACAGAGCUGUGCCACCUGCCACCAAAGGGCCGCACCGACCGCUCCUCUCCCCUUUCCUGGGCAGGACACCCAGAGUAGCUCCCGCACGCCGGUGCUCAGGGAUGCAUCCGCAGAGCACAGCGGCACCGGUGCGGUGACAACACCAGUGCCCACCGUGCACCAUGGCAGGGGCUGCCGGGCCCCGAGCGCUUUGCCUCCCGAAGCUGCUGCCCCAGGAGCUGAGCGGUGCCAGGAAGCAUCGCCCCGCGCUCCCUGCAGCUGCCGGGCCGCUGCUGUGUGCUGCAUGCAGCCGAUAACGGCUCCCGCUGCGCCAUCGAUGGGUGCCCGCGGGGCAGGGUUUGCUGAAAGGCUCCUUUCACUCCAGGCAUCCUCACGUGGGGUCCAUUUAUAGAAACAGGACAUUUUAUAGAAGCAGAGGGAAAGCCAGAACAAAUCCUCGUCGCGUCUGAGCUGGCAGCACAGCCGUGGGCUCUGCGGGAGCUGUGCUCGCUGUGCUGCUGCGGUUCAGUGGGAUUGCAGCCGCUGUCUCUGCUCCACAGACAUUAAAACCCAGACAGAGCGCUCUCCCAGCACAGCUGUGACCAGCA